AUGAGUCUAUUGGUUAAAUUAAAAAAUAAACUCCAAGAUCCAAUACUAUACGAAAUGAAAAUUCGUGAAUUUGAUGAAUGUAUGCUACUGCUCAGAAAUGAGAAUGCGGAAUUGCACAAACGUAUUGACCAGCUCGAGGCACUGUGUCGAGCAAAUGUUAACACUCAACGUACGUAUGUGCUUGAUGAACGUAUUGGCGAGCUAGAAGAAGAGAAUGGAAGAUUAUUUGCCGAAAAUCAAUGUCAACGACAAGAAUAUGUACAAUUUCUCGAUCAACUAUCAACGAUGGUUAUAAGAACAGCAGUCAUGCAAGAAAAUAUUCGUAAAGAAUGUGCAUCGAUUUAUCAUGUCAUUGGAAAGUUAUCAUCGUUAACAACUAAUGCCACUCAAAGCAAUCAUCUGUCGGAAAUGGUAAUGAAGGAAAGAAAAACUUUAGCAAUCGAUAAUCAAGUACUUCAUUCAUCGUCAAGUUCUUCCUCGUCAUUUGAUAGUUGGACAUUCGAUCGAAAUAUGAAUCAAACAUGUUUGAUUAAAAACAAAUCAACAGAUCAACAAGCUCUUCAACGAUCAGAAACAUUUAUCAUUUCGAAAUUACCUUCUUCACCUCCACCUGUAGCUCUUGCAAAGCAGAAGCUCGAUUCAAGUCGAACCUCGCAGAAAAUGACAACAACAUCAACGGUGCUCCGUUCCUCACGGCUUCCUUGUCGCCGUCCAGAUUCUAAAGUACAAUCACCAACUAUUUCUUCCGCCAAUCGUUCAUUAUCAACACCAAAAACAACCAAGGUGCCAAUACGCACAGUAGCAUCCUUAAAUCGAGAAAAAACUCCAAUGAAAAAGCCGACCAUCUCAAUAUCGAUUGCAUCAAAAAGUUCGACAACAACAAAGAAACCCAUACGUGCAUCUUCAGCUAUUCAACCCACAACGAAUAGAGCUCGAACAGGUGUGGCGACAGCGACAAUAAAAAAGAAUACCAACAAUCAGACAUCAACUCCAUCGAAUUCGAAUAAAUGUACGCAUACGAUAUCCCAGGCGAUGAAUUCAACAUCGAGUGAAUCAAGUAUUGAAGAGCAACAAGUAGAAAUGAAGGAAUUACUCCCCAUUGUACAAGACGAAGGAUACUCAACAUGGUCUUCGACAGAUGUCAAAGAUGACGUAUCGAAGAACAGUGUCAAGAACAAUGAAACUGAUGAUAGACAGAAGAAUAUUGGACUUGUCAAAGUUUGGCUAGAUGAUAACGCCAACAAUCAAUUUUUAAAUAAGCCGGUGACGGAAGUUGAAAAUGAUAAAUUGAAAGAAUUUACCGAAGAAUUCUCGGAUGGAUCACUAUUUCUUUGUCCAUUUGUUCGCAAUCGGUAUUCAAACAUUGCUCCAAUCCCUUUAACGUCAACACCAGUCAUAUCUCCACCUAAAGAUAUCUCACUCGACAGUCUCGACAGUGCAAAUGCCAAACAAGAUCCACAUAAUUCCUCAUCAUCGUCUUCGUCUUCUUCUUCUUCAUCAUCAUCAUCCAUAUUCUCUUGCCCGGAAGCAUUCGAAAAGAUUCUAAUUACUCAAGCUGACGAUGGUGCUGACGAUACAUCAAGUUCAGCAUCGACCACAUUUGACAUGUCUGCCUAUAUUGAAGAUCAUUUCAUUGACGACAAUGACAAUACUAGUAAUGAAACAUCAUCGAUCGAAACAACGGUAUUCGAUGAAAGUAACUCAUUGAAACCGCAAAAGCGUCUUCUAUUCCCUGGUGUUUUAAAUCGUUUGAUAUUUUUCCGACGAAUUCUAUCGGAUUCUGAUCUUCAACGGAAGGCGUUUGUUUUUCAUGACAAUGAACAUCAGUUACAUGUAUACCAUGCGAAUACCAUCAAUGAACAUUCUGUUGAAGUACAUUUAGUCAAUACUUAUGGUUCAGAUACUGAAUUACAAGUUUGGUCACAUGACUGUGCUGAGCAACGACGAUUUCUUGAUGAACGACAGCAGCAACAACAACAGUCACAGCCAUUACAUCAAGAAGUCGAAAUUCAAUCAACUGACGAUCAGCAACUAGCUGUCGAACGACAAAUGUUACUACAACAGAUAUUCGAAUAUCCCUGGUUACGGCCAGACAAUGAUCUCGAUCGACCCACAUCAAUAAAUAACGACUUAUCAUUGGCAUCACCCACCAGUGAUCUGAUGGUUCCAUCGCACAACCCAGAUUUUUAUCAAUUAUGUGCAUUGACAAAUAGUAGUUUAUUAGCUUUAUCUCCCGACCGUAACAUAGAACAUAAUAUUGCUCCUACAACAUCAUCUAAUGUAUAA